AUGUUUUUAUUAUUAUUUUUUUCUUUAUUAUUUCUUAUCUAUUUAAGAUUACGUAUUCAAGCAGUGAAUAAAUUUGGUCCAAGUGAAUAUUCCGCUAAUAUUGAAUUCACUACACUUGAUCCAUUGCCUAAACCUCCCGUAUUUAAUCAAUAUACAAAUUUAACAUCAAAUAGUGUACGAUUAGAAUGGACUAUUAUACCAUCAGUCGAUGAGAAUGGCAAUACUACUGAUACUACUGAUGACAAUACAAUGAAUAAUAUUGAUCAUGGUGAUGUUGAUCCGAUUAAUGGUGGUGGUAGUGAUGAGACUGUUAGUGAUCAUCAUUAUAUGAAUGAGUUGUCAGAGAAAAAACCAAUUCGUAACGAUGAAAGAAAAGAAUUCCCAAUUGAAGAUGUAGUGAAUUUCAAAGCAAAUAAUUCAUCUCGUCGUGAAAGAUUAAGAAAACAAAAGUUGGAUAUGAAAUCUGAUGAAAGCCAGUUAAUAUUUACAUUACAAAUGAGCAAAGAAUCAGAUUUAGAUUGGAUAACAAUUUAUGAAGGACAAUCAACUAUGCAUAAAGUGAAUCGUUUAUCAGAAUUUACAAUUUAUCAUUUUCGUGUAUGUGCUACAAAUACAACAGGUAGUGGAUUGUAUAGUGAUAUUCAAACAAUACGUACACAGAAAGCAUCACCACCAGCUGUACGAGGUUUGAAAAUUCUUGAAUUAAAUGCGGAUCGUUGUCAACUGGAAUGGACUCCAGUCAAUCAACUAGGCAUGGAUCCAAUUAUUUAUUUAUUGCAUUUACUCCCAGUCACAGCCGCCAGUACACCACAAUCAACUAAUUUGAAUCAGGUUUACAGAGGUAAUCAAACCGCUUGUCGUAUCACAGGUUUAAAUCCAGGCUCAGAAUAUGUUUGCCGAGUAUGUGCUGUUCGAUUGUGUCAACCAACUACGAAAUUACCGGUUAUUCAUAGUAGUAGUAACAGUAGCACUAGUACUAGUACUACUACUACUACUACCUCUACUACUACUACAUCUGAACAAGAUCAAUCUAAGGUGAACAAUUCCCAAAUAGAUUCUUCACAAUAUCAAAUCACUGAAUUGCCUGGACCAUUUUCACCUGGUCUACUAUUUACAACUCCACGUCUUACAAAAGAUAAUCAAUUCGAUUGUACAUCAUCUUCAGUGUUAUCGUCAUCGUCAUCGCCAUCCUCAAGCUCCUCCUCCUCCUCAUCGUUACCAUUGUCUUCAGCAUCAGUGACAGUGUCAGCCAAUUGUCAUUUAUUCAAACAAACCAAUUCUUCAUCUUAUUGUAAACAAUCAAACGGUUUAUUGAAAAUAUUCAUUUCUCCUUAUCAACUGAUUCGAAAUCUGAUCUUACGUAAUAAUAGUAGUACCAGUAGUACGAGUAGUAAUGUUAAGUCGAAAAAUGUCUACACACUACAUGAUGCAUCGAAUUGGACUACUACUACUACUACUAACCUAUCGAAACAAGAUCACUUGAUUACUCCAGGUGGCGGCGCUGGCGGUAGUACUUCAUCACUAUUACACAACAAUACUAAUCAUGUAUCAUCAGAUAAACGUCGUACUAUUCUCUCUUCAACAUCACAGUCGACAAUGAUGAAUUCAUCAAAAAAUCAAUGCAAACAAUCAUUCUCAUCACAUCCUCAUCAUCAUCAUAUGACCAAACGUUCACAUUCACAUUGGUUUCGUUUUACUGAUACACAACUAGCUUGUUUAUUAUUAAUAUUAUUUAGUUUAGCAACAUUAUUAGUUGCAAUAAGUUUACAAUAUGUAUUAAAUGUACAUUUGAAAUUAUCCAAUCCUACUACUACUACUACUACUACUACUACUACUACAACACCAACAUCAACACCAACAACUGGCAGUUUAUCGAUGGAUUUACCAUCAACCUACUCCUCCUUAUCAGCCUCAUCAGUCUCCUCAGCAUCGGAAUCGUAUAGUAUCAAAUUAAAAUUUGAUCAUACUAAUAAUAAUGAUGAACAACAGACUAAUGAUAUUGAUGUGGAUGCAGAGAGUGCAUUGUUUACUUCAACAAGAACACAUCAAAAUGUUCAUUUAUAA